UGCACAUCUGUCUAGUUAGCAGUGCACUACUCUUGUCCAGGACAGCAGCAGUUCACACUGCCAAUGAAGUCAUCUUCCACGGCAGAAGUCACGCUGGCAUCGACCAGUGCUAGCUGCGUAGCGUGGUGCUUGGGGGAACGACGUUGAUUCUUUAGAGGAUAUCAAUUUCUCAAAUUUCGGGAAGUUCUUAGUCUUGUUCCUUGCGAGCAGUUCAUGUCCCAAGAAAACUUGUUGCAGGUGCUUGAGAAAGUGCUUUGGACUGUGGCUAUCUACUGAUCGUCGUUGCGUCCACGUACAAGAUUUUCUACACCCAUGCGAGCUGCGGGUUCCCCCGCCAACAUUUCCUUCACGCCAAGUUUGGCAUGGAAAUUAGAAAGUGUGACACUGAAGGGUACCAUGGUCAUUUUCAUCGUCUUCCUCUUUCCGUUGGGGUACUGCAACAGCAUUGACGCGCCCAUGGCCGAAGUUUCACAAGGCGUUGUUUUGGGAAGUACAGUGUGGGCCUUGGGAGGGAGCAAGGCCGUGAACGCCUUCAUGGGAAUACCGUAUGCCAGUCCUCCGGUCGGACCUCUCCGCUUCCAGAACUCGGUGCCAGCGAAACCGUGGGCACCGGACAUUCUACACGCGACGGAGAAGCCGCCUGCAUGCGUUCAGUUCACACCCGCUAACCCCAUACCGGACUGGGUAGCAAAAGGAUACAACCAAAGUGAAGAUUGUCUCUACCUCAACGUCUGGACUCCGCUCUCUAACAACAAGAAUAAACUCAAGGACGUCAUGGUAUGGAUCCAUGGUGGAGGCCUUAACUUUGGAUCAUCUUCUAUGGACCUCUAUGACGGAACUAUUCUCGCAGCGCUCGGUGAAGUUGUCGUCGUAUCAAUGAACUACCGCUUGGGGGCACUCGGAUUCCUCAGCCUUGGAAACGACCACGAGGCUCCUGGAAACCAAGGACUCAUGGACCAAGUCCUAGCACUGCAAUGGGUGAAAGAUAACAUAAUUAAUUUCGGAGGAAACCCAGAUAGGAUUACACUAUUCGGUGAAAGUGCUGGUGCAUGGUCCAUCGGAUGGCACAUUCUGUCUCCCAUCGCCAGCCCACUCUUCUCGCGAGCUAUAAUCCAGAGUGGAGGUGUUUACGUCAAGUACCUCGCAGACUCUGCGGAGACAGCGGAAGUGAAGGCUCGUGCCCUGGCCGAUGCUUUAGGCUGUUCUUCUAGCAAUGCAACGGAGGUUAUUUCGUGCAUCAGAAGGAAACCCGCUCGUGAAAUUGCGUUGUGGGAAUCUAUCACCUGCCAAAAGUUUCCCCUAUGCUUCGUACCCAGCUACGGGGGCCGUUACUUGCCAGUUAAUCCCCUAGUUGCUUCAGAUCAAGGACUGUUUCGGCCCAAGGAUAUCCUAACGGGAAACGUAGAGAAUGAGGGAUCCGUAUUUGUCAGCCUGGCAAACUGGGAACAGUUUCCGUCCCGUAAUGCUGUGGACGUCAACAAGUCGGAUAUGUUCUUCUUCUUCUUGAGGACGUUCCGAUUUCUUCCACCUGCGGUUGUGAAACAGAUUUACGAGUUGUACGUGCAAGAUGUCGGUGAAAAUGACUAUUCGUUGCUUAGAGCGCAGCUGGGGCAUGCGCUUGGUGAUGCAUUCAUGCUGUGUCCAGGAAUGUCCUUCGGUGAGAAACUCUCUUCGAGGAAUUCCCGCGUUUAUUACUACAAACUACAGCAUCAGUCCAGCAGUGACUCUACGACAGACUCAUGGAUCGGGUUGACACACUUUCAAGAUAUUCAGUACGUAUUUGGGCUCCCUCUACGAGUGCCGAAGCUAGAAGCAUACUCCGAAAUCGAUGCGCGGUACAGCACUCUGCUCAUACACAUCUGGACCACAUUUGCAAAAACAGGGAGGCCACCCAAAGUCGGCAACGCUACAUGGCCAAGAUUCACUCGACAAUCUUACAAAACUGUAGUGUUGGACGCCGAGUCCAGCAACGUAGAAGACUUGAGGCAGCUGGACAAGUGCCGCUUCUGGGCAAAAUACAUGACCCCAGCGUUAGAUAGUUGUGACUGCUAAAUGCUAAAAGCGUUGAGUCGUCUAAAAAGACCAAGAUCCAGCGAACGUUUAUCACGAGUAACUGAAUGCUGCUUGGUGGUAAAGGCACCGAAAAUAAGUGAUGUGGGAUCAAAGGAUCCGAGAAAACAAAAGGACACUGGAAUUUCUCUGUGAACCCCACACAGCCAGGACCUCGUGUGUCUUACACGAUCUGUUUGUGAUAUUCUCAGGGUCAUCGCAUAAGUAACUCACGACGAAAUAGUGCAAACAUACAUGCAUAUACACACACGCUAAACAUUGUAACGUAUGUUGUGCCGUUGAAACGGCUGGCAAAUUAUUACAAAAAUGUGGCACUUGAAUUUACGGGUACACUGUGCCUCAGAUUCAGAUCCGCGGCACCAUGCCAGCACACGGUGCUCCUAAAGCCCCUGUUUAUUGAAAAGUAGCGACACUUUUAGACAUUUGCCGAAAGAGCGCGACCUCUCUCGCCUCCUCCACCGCUCCAUUCACUCGCGUCUUCUGAACGAUCAUUGGCUCUCCGCGCCGUCGUCCAGAUAACGCGCGCGAAACGUACAUGAUCUGCUUGUGUUUUUAUUUACCGUUGGCGCCAUUUUCCCGCCGCUUUCAUCUUUGGAGUGCGUGUGGUAUGCCGUGCCGCUGUGUAUUUCAGUGGAGUGGCCGGCCCGGAUUUCCGCUUGUUGCAAUUCCGCAAGGAAAAUGUGACACUGCCCGAAGGAAGAAAUACGUAGCUUCAUAACAUCGGUCGCAAGGACUUCAUUCCCACAAAGGGCGCUGUUGUCUGCACGGUACGCCCCUCAUAGCCACAGUUGGUUCGCGGCGCUAACAAGGAAUAAAAAAAACUUCAAUAUAAAAUUGUGCAAAGCGUUGCAGUGUUCCCCUAAUGUUACGACAUAAUGAAGCAUAAAUGAAGGAUAUAAGAACACUAACACUCAUAACAGCAAAUGUGUAAACAGAAGUUGGCAGAAUGCAGAUGUGCAGAAGGAGUUGGUAUAUGCACGCACCAGUGUCGGAAAUUUGUUGAAAUGAAGGGAUUCUUUCAUUGAUGUCUGAGACAGAUCGAGCCUGUAGAACAGUUCAUGUUGUUUUACUUUUGAAUGAUUCUUUUGUGCUGAUUCGAGGGAUUUAACGCUAGCUGACAACCACAUUCAGUGAAGAAAUGUACUCAAUGUCUAAUCAUUUCUUGUGCAAUCCAGAAAAUAUAACGUAUACACCGGUUA